ACGAGCAUGACGUCAUCACGCACAGCUCAGUGCCCGGAGGAAGACUACGUGACAGAAGAGAGGAGAAUCACGGCGCAGGAAGUCUCUGGAGAAGAUUAAAAAAGUUUCGAAAAUGAACGUGUUUGACCGAAACAUCAACUUUGAUGCUUUAUUUAAAUUCUCCCAAAUUUCUUAUUCCACCCAGCAGCACCUGAAGAAUGUGUACUCCACUCUGGCGGUAUGCAUGUUUGUGGCUGCUGCUGGCUCUUACGUUCAUGUUGUAACACGACUUUUCCAGGGAGGAAUGCUAUCCAUGAUGGGAUCCCUGGCAAUGAUGCUUUGGUUAUCGAUGACGCCCCAUAACUCUGAGACUGAGAAGAGGAGAUUGGCCAUCCUUGCAGCAUUUGCUUUCUUCACUGGUGUUGGACUGGGGCCGGUUUUGGACUUUGUCAUUACCAUUAAUCCAAGUAUCAUCGUAACAGCCUUACUGGGCACUUCAGUAAUAUUUGUGUGCUUCACUCUGAGUGCCCUGUAUGCUCAGCGCAGAACCUAUCUCUUCCUGGGAGGUGUGCUCAUGUCAGGACUUUCCAUCUUGUUCCUGGUGUCUUUGAUUAACAUCUUCACUGGCUCAGCAGCCCUGUGUAAAGCUCACAUGUACAUUGGACUCGCCAUAAUGUGUGGCUUCGUGCUCUUUGACACUCAGCUUAUCAUUGAGCAGGCAGAGAUGGGAGACAAGGACUAUAUCUGGCACUGUGUGGGCUUGUUUCUUGACUUUGUGACCAUCUUCAGGAAGCUUAUGGUCAUCCUUGCUAUGAACGAAAAGGACAAGAAGAAAGAAAAGAAGUAACUGACAUGGUCAUUUCAUCUACAAUAACAUUAAAAACAGAAGAAAGCUUUGACCAGGAAUAGUACCUUAACAUCUUAUUUAGAUUAUUUUGAUUUUGUAUUUUGAUAUAGCAUCUUAAUUUCAAAUAAGCUGAAUUUAGAUUUUGGCUUCGAAGAAAGUCAUACUUAAAUUGUAUGUUGACUCUUCUGUUUUAUUCUGGAAACCUGGCAUGUGAAUUUGUAUAGUUUAUUUGGAUCAAUGCUAAAUUGUUGCCAGCACAUUUCAUAAGUUUGAUUUUGACCGCAAUUUAUUUAGUUUUCAGUUUUUUGAACAUUUGAAAUUGCAGUUUUUUAAGCACUGAAGAGCUAUUACUGUAUUCUUCCUCUAUCAUAUAAAGUAUAGAAAACCUU